UGAUUCUGGCCCCGAGAUGUGUGCUGGGGAACAUUUCGCUCAGAUUUAUGGUAAUCAGUUGGUUGUGGUUGUUACGAGGUGUAUCAAACCCGGAGCACAAGAAGUUUCCAUCGGGGUUUGGUCCUUAGACCUGGAUACCUAUCACUGGCACAAAUUCGAGGAUGGCGAUCGUUUUGUCCAAGGGCAUUGGCACUACUUCUCCAUGGCCGAAAAUAGUUCGAGAUUUUUCCUCUUCGGUGUUGAUGAAAAGGAACCUGAUGAAUAUUUUUCAAAUGUACUCACCAUUGACCUCCAAGAGUACGGGAUAUCCACCGUUCCCCCGCCGACCAUUGGCUUUGACUUUAAACAAUUGAUGAAUGAUGUUAACACAUCAGAUUUUAUUAUUCGGUCAAAUGAAGAAAAAUCUCCAGCAAUUCACGUUCACAAAAUCAUAUUACUUGCCCGAUGGCCGCAUUUUGCCAACAUGACCAACUCAGGAAUGACGGAGGCCCAUACAUCCUCUCUGACUAUUCCAGAACCGUAUACCACCAUCUACGCUUUUAUUUCCUUCCUUUACACGGACUCUCUUGAUCUAAACCUUUCC